AUGGAAGGUGAAGGACAUUGGCAAACACUCGAACAUGACAAUGACUAUGAAAUCUUUUCAGAGUACCCUUAUCCAAUUAGACGUAUAAGCAAUAAAAGAGUUGUUAGUGAGUUUGACCAAGGAGAUGGUUAUAUUUGUGUAAAUUUAAACAAACACAAGCUGAUGAAACAUAGAAUAGUUGCAGAAACUUUCAUUCCGAACCCUGAAGGACUUCGUGAAGUAGACCAUAUAAACAGAGACAGAGGAGACUUUCAUAUCUCGAACUUAAGAUGGACGACAAGAAGAGAAAACAUGAGAAAUAUUUCUGGUUCAAAUGGCUAUUGGUUUGACAUUGUUGACUCUCUUCCUGAAGACGCUGUUGAAAUUAUACAAUACUCAUAUCACACGUUAGAGAACUACUACUAUGUCCCAAGUGAAGAUGCCUUUUACUAUUUCAUGGGAACUCAAUACA